AUUGUAGACAGGGGACAACAUCACAAGUAUUCGAAAAAAACCCAUUUCUUUUCUCUGUAUAUUAUAAUGGUUGCCAACCACACCUUAUAUUCUAUAUUCUCCUCUCACCUUCAGUAAUCAUUUUCGCAUUUCAAAUUCAAAUAACCAAUCCUCUUAGCUUACUUGUUAGCGUUGCGGAGUUUCUGAUAGACGAUUGUUGCAACGUACUGUUUCGUGUUUUGAUUUAUAGGAAGGAUGGAUUCGCCGAACAGGGUGGCGGUGCGGUCGUCGUUGAUUGAUUCGAUAAAGGCGUGCACACUGGCCGGAGCUCAGAUUCCGAAAGAAGAGCUGAGGAGGAGGAUUAGUAUGCCGGAUUAUCUACGUUUAGCUAUGCGCAAAGCUAUUGAGAGUAAAGAUAUAGAUGCUGCUCUUUCUUGUUAUAACGACGCUGCUGAAGAAGAUGCGCCGGAGGCUCCGUUAGUCGUGUUUAUUAAUUCCAAGAGUGGGGGACGUUACGGUCCGCAGCUUAAACAGAGGCUUCAGGACUUGAUGACUCAAGAACAGGUUCUGGAUAUUUCUGAUGUGAAGCCUCAUGAAUUCGUACAGUAUGGGUUGGGUUGCCUGGAGAAGUUUGCGAGUCUUGGGGACUGUUGUGCAAAAGAGACUCGUGAAAAGUUGAGGGUUGUGGUUGCUGGGGGUGAUGGUUCAGUGGGUUGGGUCUUGGGUUGUCUAGGAGAGCUUCACAAACAAAAGAGAGAACCAGUUCCACCAACAGGAAUUAUUCCUCUUGGUACAGGAAAUGAUUUGUCUAGGACUUUUGGUUGGGGCGGGUCAUUUCCAUAUAACUGGAAGUCAGCCAUUAAAAGAACACUUGACAGAGCUGCCACUGGUCAAAUACGUCGCCUCGACAGUUGGAAUAUCAGAUUAUUAAUGCCAGCUGAAGAGAAGGUGAAAGUGUCCUACUGUUUAAAACGCCAGCCAGAAGAGUUUUCUUAUGAUCAGGAACUAGAAGCUGAAGUGGACUUGCCUGAGAAACGUAUAUGCUAUGAAGGAGUCUUUUAUAACUAUUUUAGCAUAGGAAUGGAUGCGCGAGUUGCCUACGGUUUCCAUAAUUUGCGUGAAGAAAAACCUUACCUUGCACAGGGUCCAGUUUCGAAUAAGUUGAUUUACUCAGGAUACAGUUGCACACAGGGGUGGUUUUUCACGCCUUGUAUAUCAGAUCCUAGUCUAAGGGGAUUAAAUAAUAUCUUAAGGAUCCACAUUAAACGAGCCAACUGCUCUGAAUGGGAGCCUAUUUCUGUUCCUUCCAGUGUUAGAUCCAUAGUUGCUUUGAAUCUGCGCAAUUAUGCAGGUGGAAGACAUCCAUGGGGGAAUCUGAAGCCGGAGUAUAUGGAAAAGAGAGGUUUUGUUGAAGCCCGUGCUGAUGAUGGUCUGCUAGAAAUUUUUGGCCUCAAACAAGGAUGGCAUGCAUCUUUUGUCUUGGUUGAAAUUAUUUCAGCCAAACACCUUGCACAGGCAGCAGCAAUUCGGUUUGAGUUUAGAGGUGGAGACUGGAAGGAAGGUUUUCUACAGAUGGAUGGGGAGCCAUGGAAACAACCUAUAAGCAAGAACUCCACAACUGUUGUGGAGAUCAAGCGAGUGCCAUUACAAUCACUGAUGAUCGAUGGGCAAUAAUAUUAUUUAUCUCUCAAAUUUAAUGGUACCUGAUUGAUUUAUGUAUAAAGAAUUGCUUAUUCGGAGAGGCACUAGUAGGCUAGCAGGCGUUGCGAUGUUCUCUGAAAAUUAUUUAUUAACUGUCAUUUCUAAGAUGUAAGAAAUAUGUUGUAGAUUGCUUGUUUUAGAUUCUUUGUUGUACAUGAACAUACUAAUGUAACUCUAUUAGUUUGGAAAGCUUCUUUAGUUAUGAAAUGUAUUUUUAUUGGUGUAAA